AUUAUGACAGUAGUGAUUGUGAGUUGUGACAGUAAGGAGAAAUAUAUUAAAGGUGACGGUGAUAUAUUCCUAGAUAAUCGCUUCUAUUAUUUCAUGCGAUUUGUUUGGGUCUCAAGUUUUGCAGUUUAGUUCAGUUUUUGGUAUUAAUUACUUGGUGUACGGUGUUCUUUAUGAAAAUGGCAAAUAAAGUGGUAAAGAAUACAAAUCCAAGAAAAAAUAAAGGCAACUUCAAACCUCUGAAGAAAAACAGUGUGGUGAAAAAAUCCAAAUUUCGAAAUGGAAAAUUGCAAGAUGCUAGACAAAAAAUAAUUUCUAAAAAACGCCAAGGGGUUAAAGAUGCAAGGGACAUUUUAGCAAAAAUGGCUAAGACGCAAGAUGCUCGUAAUAAAUUAGACAAAAUUAGAGAAAAUAGGGAUGGUGGAUUGGUAAGAAACAAUGUCAAAGUUAUAGGAAAUAACAUUUUGAGAAAAACCGACAGAAAUGGAAAAAUUUCUUUGUCUACCAAUAAAUCCAAUGCUACCAGCAAUAUUAAAAUGGCAAUUGAGAGAGAAUUAGGAUUAGUGCCCCCUCCAAGAGUUAACUUAAGAAGGAAUUUAUCGCAAAAUGUCAAAAGGAUUUUACCAAGUAUACCACCACUUCCAACAAUUCCUAGAAAACAAAGUAUUUCUCCUUAUCAGUAUGAAGCUGUAUACGAAGAUAUACCCCCACAUCCAUCUUUGUAUAAAUGGACUAAUCCAGCAGCAUCACAGUUGAUAAAUACAGUUGAAAGGCCACUGAGAAGGAGUAAUAUGAAUAGGAAUUUUGAAAAUUUCUCAAUAAGUCGGCCAUUAGGUCCAAGACCAACAUACAUCGAUUUAGAUGCUGUUGAAGACGAAAUUAUGCCACUUGAAAUACCAGCCCUAAGACAAUCUGUCCAUCUUCACGGAACUGGUAGAUCGUCAAAUAUUCAUUCAAGGUUGGAUUCAAAUUUACCACAACCCGAAUCUCAUGGAAUAUUCGCAGCGACAAAAACAAAAGUUGUAGUACCAGCAGGACAUAGGAUUGUUGUUUCAAAUUUGCAGAAUACAGUGUCACAGGAAGAUAUCAAGGAAUUAUUCGAAGAUGUUGGAGAUUUAUUGGCAGCUCGAUUGGUUAGACCUGGUGUAGCUGAGGUUAUCUAUAAAAACCUGAAAGAUGCUCAGAAAGCUGUUGAUACGUACCACAAUAGGCAGUUAGAUGGUCAACCGAUGAAAUGCUUGUUGGUAAAUAAACGACCAUUGAAUAAUCCUACUGCCCCUGCUCUUCCUAAAGGAGACAUGAAUUAUACUGAAAUACCAAGAACUAUACCAGAGAAAUUGGUACCAGACAUUUCAACCAUCCACAAAGUGUUGUUUCAAAGAAAGUAUUGAUCUUUGAUUUAUUAUUGCUUGCGUCGUUUUUUUUUCUAUAUUUGAAUGCGUUGAAGAUUUUGACAGUGUGUUGAAUUAAAUACUUAUAUUAUAUCCUGCAAUUUCCCCUAUUUCACAAUUGUAUAUAUUAUUAUUUCUCAAAUAAAAAUUAAAAAGCAUUA